AUGGCACUGGCAGAUUGGCAGUGGUCGCUGCGCCGGGCCGCUGCGCUCCGCACUAUUUGGUCUCGCCGCUCUCGCUAUCGUCGGCUGGUGUCUUGGAAACUCGUUCCCAUCAUCUACCGCGAAUUCAACUCCCCGCUCAAACACAUUCCCGGUCCCGCGAACGAGAGCUGGUUCCGCGGAAACGGUCGUGCCAUCGACCAAGAGGACCAUGCUGUCCCCCAGGAGCGCUGGGUCAAGGAGGCCAACUCCAAGACCAUCACCUACAAGGCUUUCCUCGGCGUCGGCCGCCUGUGGACGAUGGACCUCCGCGCCGUGAACCACGUCCUGACGCACUCCAACGUCUACCAAAAGCCGGUCCAGCAAAGAGGGGCUCUUAUCCAGAUCAUCGGCAACGGCGUGCUCGCCACUGAGGGCGAAACGCACCGGAAGCAGCGACGCAUCAUGAACCCCGCCUUCGGCCCAGCCCAGAUCCGGGAGCUCACCGGGAUCUUUGUCGACAAGUCAAACGAGCUCCGCGACGUCUGGGCACGCGAAAUCGACGCUGCCGAUGGCCAGUCCGCGCGACUCGACGUCCUCAGCUGGCUCAGCCGGAUGACACUCGACGUGAUCGGCCUCGCGGGCUUCAACUACAAGUUCGACUCCCUCAACCCCCGCGACGGCGAGCCGAACGAGCUCAGCAAAGCAUUCAGCACCAUUUUCAGCCCGAGUGGUGUCACCAUGCUCCAGAUCCUUCGCUUCAUCUUCCCCGUCCUCAGGCACUUCCCCGACGCCCGCAUGAGGGAGGCGAACAACGCGCAGGCGGUCAUGCGCCGGAUCGGGCUCGAGCUCAUCGCAGAGAAGAAGGCCGCGAUCCGGCGCGAGACCGCGGAGGGCAAGGCGGAGAAGGACGGCGUCGCGCGCAGCGACGUGCGCGGGCGCGACCUCCUCACCCUCCUCCUCAAGGCGAACAUGGCGACCGACAUCCCCGACAGCCAGCGGCUCACCGACGACGAGGUCGUCGACCAGGUCCCCACGUUCCUCGUCGCGGGCCACGAGACCACGAGCACGUCCACGACCUGGGCGCUCUUCGCGCUCGCGCUCGCACCCGCGAUCCAGGACAAGCUCCGCGCGGAGCUCCUCGCCGUGCCGACGGACACCCCGAGCAUGGACGAGCUCGCGGCGCUGCCGUACCUGGACAUGGUCGUGCGCGAGACGCUGCGCGUGCACGCGCCCGUGCCGACGAUCUUCCGCGAGGCGCAGGAGGACGACGUGAUCCCGCUCGCGGAGCCGUUCGUCGACCGCGCGGGCGUCGCGCGGACGAGCGUGCGCGUGACGAAGGGCACGCCCGUCGUCGUGCCCGUGCUCGCGAUCAACCGGAGCACGGAGCUGUGGGGCGCGGACGCGUUCGCGUUCCGCCCGGAGCGGUGGGCGAGCGUGCCCGAGGGCGUGUCCGGCGUCCCGGGCGUGUGGGCGCACAUCAUGUCGUUCAUCGGGGGUCCGCGCGCGUGCAUCGGCUACCGGUUCUCGCUCAUCGAGAUGAAGGCGCUGCUCUUCGCGCUCAUCCGCGCGUUCGAGUUCGAGCUGGCGGUGCCAGCCGAGAGUAUUCAGAAGAAGUCCGCGAUCGUCCAGCGGCCGAUCAUCCAGGGCGAGCCCGAGAAGGGCAGCCAGAUGCCAAUGAUCAUCCGUCGCGUGAAGCGCGUUUAG